UGCUCUCGCCGCUCUGCUAGCAGCUUAGUGUUUAUAUGCUGAGACGUUUUGUUAUUAAGUCACAGCCGCCCUUGAACUUUGUGUCUUCCUCUGAGAUAUGAAAACGGAAUAACUAACGCGGGCCGGUGCGGAGCGGCGGCUCGUUCAAUGAACCUUCUGGCCUGUUUCGACCAACUCUGAACACCAUCUCUCCAGUCAUGGCAGGGAUUCUUCAAAAAACAGUGCGGCUGAGGACGGCUCUGAGGCAUCUGUGUUCCCAUGGCCGCCUCCCGUCUCCGGUCAGACUUUCCGCUGCAGCAUUCAGCGGUCCGUUUCUCAGCUGCAGCUCGGCACACUUCGUGGCCUCCACCUGUAAACUGCAUGCUGGCGCAGAUGCGCCCAAGUCCUCCCCUGAUGCAGCCCCACAGAGGCUGCCCUUCUCCACAGUGACCAGUGAAGAUUUGGACUUUUUCAGGAAGCUCCUACCAGGCAGAGCCAUCACCGACCAGGACGUGGUGGAGUCCAGUAACGUCGACUGGCUGAAGUCUGUUAGAGGUUCUAGUGAAGUGCUGCUGAGACCUCAAACAACUGACGAGGUAUCUCAAAUACUUAGGUAUUGUAACGGUCGCAAUCUGGCGGUGAACCCACAAGGAGGCAACACUGGACUGGUUGGUGGCAGCGUGCCAGUUUACGAUGAGAUCAUCCUUUCCACCUCGCUCAUGAACAACAUCAUGAACUUUGACAAUAUCUCUGGCAUCCUCACCUGCCAGGCAGGCUGCGUCCUGGAGAACUUGUCCCUCUACCUGGAGGACAGAGACUACAUCAUGCCGCUGGAUCUUGGUGCGAAAGGCAGCUGCCAAAUCGGGGGCAACGUGGCGACGAACGCAGGAGGACUCCGGCUGCUCCGAUACGGUUCCUUACACGGGACCGUGCUCGGUCUGGAAGUGGUACUGGCAGAUGGACGAGUGCUGGACUGUUUGGCCACCCUGCGGAAAGACAACACAGGAUACGACCUCAAGCAGCUCUUCAUUGGGUCCGAGGGCACUCUGGGGGUCAUCACCGCCGUGUCCAUCCUCUGUCCCAGGAAACCCAAAUCUGUGAAUGUGGUGUUUCUCGGCUGUGAGACGUUCGAGCAGCUGCUGAAGACCUUUCAGCUCUGCAGAGGCAUGCUGGGAGAAAUUCUGUCAGCAUACGAGUUCCUGGACAGUGAAUGUAUGAAGCUGCUGAAUACACACCUCAAACUGCCCAAUCCCAUCUCUGAAUGUCCGUUCUACAUCGUCAUUGAAACAUCUGGAUCAGACUCGAGCCACGACUCACAGAAACUGCACAACUUCCUGGAGGAGGCCAUGACGGCAACGCUGGUGACUGAUGGAACUGUAGCAACGGAGGACUCAAAAAUAAAGGCUCUGUGGUCGAUGCGUGAACGCAUCACAGAGGCGCUGACUCACGACGGCUUCGUCUACAAGUACGACAUCUCGCUCCCGGUGGAGCGGAUCUACCAGCUGGUCACAGACAUGAGGGAGCACCUGAGGGGCCGAGCCAAGAGGGUGGUGGGAUACGGACACGUCGGCGACGGUAACCUCCACCUGAACAUCACGUCUCCCGCUAAAGACCCGGCGCUCCUGGCAGCCAUCGAGCCCUUCGUCUACGAGUGGACGUCCAGGUUCCAGGGCAGCAUCAGCGCCGAGCACGGCCUGGGCCUCAAGAAGAGAAACUAUAUCUACUACAGCAAACCCAGCCAGGCCGUGGCCCUGAUGGGCGGCCUCAAGGCCAUGCUGGACCCCAACGGCAUCCUCAACCCCUACAAGACCCUACCGGAUAAGCUCAAGUGACUGCAGGGUGGGACGGAUACGCCGCCACUGGAGCCUGAUUUUUGAAGGAAGCGAGUGAGUGAUUUCUCCUCAGUGCACAAUAGCAGAUGGACGUUUGAAGUUCUACUUUGCACAAUUUAUAUAGGUUUAAAAUGUAAAUAUUAAACACUGUUCAUGUCACUCAUGUUCAACUUGAGAUAUACUGAUUGGAAAACACUCCUGCAGGUGUGUAUAAACUGAUGUAUCACAACACGCCUCAUUAGGCAAGAGUGAAGUAAAUGUUUUAAUACAUAUAAAAAAGACAACUCAACAUUUUUUCAAAAAAAAAAAGCCAGCAUUUGUGACUAAAAUUCCUUUGUACACCGAGGCAACGUUUUGUUUCUUUUUAAACUUGUC